AUGGGUCUCCCCAUCUUGAAAAUGUAUUACGAUGUCCAUUGCUUCCAACGGGAGGAAUCAGGACUCUGGAUGAUCCUUGUUGGAAAGACCGGAGGUGGGAAGAGUGCUACAGGAAACACCAUUCUUGGCCAAAUAUUCGUGAUCGACACUCCAGACCUUUUUGACCCCUCCAGCUGGAUACCGCUGCCAGAGAUCAGGCGUUGCAUUGAUCUCUCCAGGCCCGGCCCUCACGCCUCGGUGUUUGUGACCCAGGUGUGCCGCUUCACUUCAGAAGACGAGGCAGCAGUCAAUCAAAUCCGGGUUGUGUUUGGCAAAGAGGCCUCCAGGCACAUGGUCAUCCUCUUCACUCUCAAGGAGGACUUAGAUGGAGAUACCUUGGAGGAAUACGUGUGGGGCUCAGGCAAUCAGGCUCUCGAGGGGUUAAUUCAGAAGUGUGGGAGGCGUGUGUGUGCUUUCAAUAACAGGGCAACUGGGGAGGAACGGGAGAGGCAGGUCUCUGAGCUGAUGGAGAUAGUCCAGCGAAUGGUGGAGGUGAAUGGAGGGAGGCAUUUCUCCAAUAGGCUCUACAUGGAGAUGAAAAGAUGGGCUGGACCAAAUGGCAAAUUACAAAGAGUUAAUAAAAGAGAUGGUACAUUCUACCACAUGUGGUGGCAGUGCAAAAAAGCGAAGGAAUAUUGGAAGGGAAUUCAUAGUAUAUUACAAAAAAUUCUGAAGAUUCAAAUCCCCCUAAAACCGGAAAUCUUUUUGUUGGGAAUUACUAAGACAAAAAUGGAAAAAAAUAAAGACAAAUUGCUAUUUCUCACCACUACAGCGGCGAGAAUCUGUUAUGCCAAACUAUGGAGGAAGAACGAAACACCUAAAAUAGAGGACUGGAGAAAAAAAACUCUUAGACGUGAGGAACAUGGACAGACUAAGUUAUCUGAUGCAGAGGAGCAAAGGGACAGCGGAGACAGAGACUGA